AUCCGCGAGACUUGCCCAGUCUUAGCGCAAUAUAACUAAUUUAGACCAAAUAGCUUGCUUACAUCAAGUCUCCACACCACAAUAGGCGACAUGGAAAGAAACAUUGGUUAGUCUGACAGGGGCGAGAUGAGGAGCUAACAUCCUUCGGAUUCCUUCCGGUCAGCCUCAACGCCGCCAUGACCUUCGAGCAUCUCCCCUUGAUCCCACACCUGCUCGUCUUUCCUUUUAUUCUCUCCCAUCUGCGCUUGGCCCAAGGACACCUGAGAUCAUACUAAAAGAACCGCCCAACUUCAGUAAUGCUGGAUCACAACAGCGAAUGGGGCAAAUUCGCAGGCCGCAUAGCCAUAGGCCUGGCAGCAGCCUACCUCAUUUAGUUCUUCUACAAGAUGAUCAAAGUACGACUUAUCUUUUACCGUCUCAAGAAACAAGGAAUGGUAAGCUCCCUCUAUCAUCCCCUACGUCCUCCCAACUAACAGACACUGACAGCCAAUGCCUCCCUGGAACCCAAUUCUAGGGCAUCUCCACGUCGUAGCUGGGUUUUCCAAGCAAUUUCCCAGCGAUAUGCAACAAGCUCAGGCUUUCGGGGCCCUUGCAUCCCAGAACCCCGAGCUGCAGGCCGGUUACUACCUGGAUGUCUGGCCAUUCGGUGUCCCGAUGUUUCUUGUUGCCUCGCCUGAGCUGGCUGCGCAGGCGUGCCAGACGUAUGAUCUUCCCAAACCAGAUGUGCUUGCCCCGAUCAUCGGGGAGAUGGCUGGUGGACCGAACUUGUUCGUGGCGAAUGGUGCGGAGUGGAAGCGGGCACGGGAACUAUUCAACUAUGGGUUCAGUAUGUCGGCUGUCAUGGCACGUGUUCCUCAAAUUGUAGAGGAAGCAGAGGUGUUUGUAGACAUUCUGCGGGAGCACGCGAGAAAGGGAGAUACGUUUUCUCUGGACCAGGUGGCUUGCAGUUAUGUGAUGGAUAUUAUCGGACAUGAAGCAUUAAACACUCGCUUCAGAUACCAACAGGGAUACAACCCGAUUGCUGCAUCGAUGAGAGACACGAUCAGCCGGUCUUCUGUGGAGGCGGCCAACCCGUUGCAGAAGUUGAAUCCAGUACGAUUCUUGAAACAAUGGCAAAACAGCCGCACGAUGAAUCACUACAUCGGGAUUGAACUAGAAAAGCGGUACCAGGAAUGGCUGCAAAACAAGAACAAACCCCCUACACGACACCAAUCGAUCAUGGAUAUGGCCAUCGCGGAGUACAUGAAGACGCGAGCAGCGGGACAAAAGCUCGAUCCUGGGUUCAAAACGUGGGCUACUUUCCAGGUUCGGCUCUUUCUUUUCGUUGGACACGAUUCGACUGCCGUGACUAUUGUAUUCUGUCUAUACCAGCUGUCCAAACACCCAGAAAUCCUAGCCAAAGUCCGCGCCGAACACGAUGAAGUCUGUGGAUUGUAUAGCGCUGCGGAGCUGCUCAGACAGCAUCCCAGAGCGAUCAACCAGCUCCCGUACACGUUGGCAGUGAUCAAAGAGACAUUGCGUCUCCAUCCUCCUGCCAACGCACUGAGAGAUGGGCUUCCAGGCGUGGUGCUCCGUGAGCAGAACGGUAAAGCGUUCCCCGUGGAAGGCUUCGCUAUUUGGGCCCUCCACGGUGCUAUCCAGCGCAACGCGAACUCGUGGCCGGAGCCGCACUCGUUUAUCCCCGACCGCUGGCUCGUGAAACCUGGUCAUCCUCUGUACCCCCCGAAUGGGGGUUGGCGGCCUUUUGAACAAGGGCCCCGCAAUUGUGUUGGGCAGAACAUGUCGCUCGUUAGUAUCAAGGUCUCGCUUUUGAUGACCGUGCGGGAAUUCGAUGUACACGACCAGUAUGCGGAGUGGGAUCGUCUACACUCGUCUGCGGGUAUCAGGACUAUGAAUGGGGAGCGGGUCUAUAUGGUGCAGAAGGGGUCGGGGCAUCCUGCUCAGGGGUUUCCGUGUAAGGUUACGAUGACUAGGGGUUGAAGAUGUACAUAAGCCUGCCUCGUGAAGGUAUCAACUGUUUCUGUAAAACAAUGUUUUA